AUCAAUUCACGCUGUAAUUUAUAAUUAUUUUUAUUAUUUUAUUUUUUGUGUGUUUUUACCGGGACAUUUUAAUUAAAAACAUCUCUUGAUGGGUGACGUCCGUGCACGCACGACAAACAAAAAGAAGACGUGAACAAUGGCAGAAAGAGUGAAGAAUAAGAAGAAGAAUGUGGCCGUGUACCGCAGCGUCUCUUUCACAAAGCUCAGCUCCUGGAGCGAAGCCCAUCGAGGGGGCAGAUCGCAGGGAGCAGGAGGCGCCCUUCCCCCGGAGCCCGACCAGCCGCAGCGGGCGACGUCUAAUGCCAGUGUGUCAAGAAAAGUUUCCAAAAUCGCCGCGACCGCAGAGCCGAAGAAAACCUCCUCCACUCCUCUCUCCUCUCUUUCUCCAUCCAUUCGUCAGCUCCCCGAGAGGUUCAGCUCACCGACGCCGGGGAGCAACACUCUUCCUCGGGCUGGAGGCGGCUGGAGAGUCGCGUCGCCGUCUUCUCGGAGGUCCUUCCACGAGGAAAGCGGUACCGGAUAUUUCUCGGACAGAGACGCUUUUAAAGUUUUAAAGCGUUACUCUAGCGCAGACUCCGAGUCCGGGACGGACUCUGAGAAGAAAAGCGAGAAGUGGUUUUUUGCAGCCGACAGUAGCUCCGGUAAGACAAAUUCUUCGUGUCCCAAAAAGACCUUGAAUACAGAAGAGGAUGUUUGUAACGUUCGAGCGGUGUGUAAAUCUCACAGAAGUUAUCUGUCCGCUCACCACUCUGACUUUAUUCCCCUCUAUUCCGACAACUGGCCCAGUGUUACUAAAAUUAGACAAUUUUUUGACGAGAGACAAAGACGAACAACAGCUGACGAUUAUGAGAAUUUGAAACCAGGAGGUAAAGGACGUUUGGAUGCGAGUACUUCUAUUUUGGACAAAAGUACCAAACUCCCAUCUUGCGCCUCGACUACUGAACCAAGUAACUUGUCCGACACUGAGAAGAGUAUAGUUGGAGCUGAAGGAAAUGUACCCCAAGUGGGGGAGGAGGUAUUGUUUUCUACUAUGGACUUGAGUUCCAAAGUUGACCACCUGCAGAACUCGAUUGUUGGUGAGACACCUGGUCGUGAUAACAACGUGGAGUCUCACAAAAACGGCUUUCAACCCAUCAGUUGUGCUUGUAUUGGGGUUAGUGACUAUCACAGGAUUAAAACUUUACCACAAAGAAGUCAGAGUCUCAGCACUAAGGUGGAGGCUGUCCAUACACCCCCCGGGACAACCGUGCUGACAUCUGACCCCGACCCUGACCUUCAACCCCAGGGUGCUUCUCCACAGAGUUGUUCAGUGAGUUUAGACACCUCCUGCUCCUCCUCCGUGAGGGAGAAAAAGGAUAGACAGGGGGUCGGGCUGCCCAGGGAUAGUUUACAUUCCUCACAUAGCUCCUGUAGAGCACCAGUCCCCUCCUCCUCCUCCCAGUCCUCUGCUCCAGCUGCACAUAAAGCUGUUACCUCCUCUAUUGUAGCUUCCUCCACUGAGCUAAGAUCCCCAGUAAGAGUCACCUCUCCCCUCAUCUCCGGCUGGAGGUUUAGUUCUGGAGACGAAGAGGAGGAGCACAUUAGCCAUAGGAGAGGAGGUACCCUUUGGAGUGGUGCCUCUUCCCCAUCAUCUUCUGUCUCUGUCACAGAAGGAGAGAGAGGUGUCACAGAACGAGGAGGUGGCUAUUUAUUGUCCAGUAAAAAUGGCCGUUGGGGUGCUAAGGUAAUUUGCAAGUCAUCGGGUAGUGAGGAUGACAGUCCUAGUCCUCUGGGACCCCACAGUCGAGAGCCAGUGCGGCGGCGCUCACUGAGGAAGAAGAAGAAGUUUUAUGGAGUUACUGUGUCAUCAGGGCGAGAUGAUUAUGAUGAUCAUAAUGAUGAAUCAGAUGACAGUGACACAGCCUUGACCAUGGAGCAUUUGGAGAGGCACAACCAUCAAAAGUCAAGAGGAGAAUUCUUAGGAACCAUAUCGCGGAGUUGCUUGGAAAGAGCACCCAACAGUGAUAGUUCUAGAGCCAGAUUUCAGCAAUGGGAGCGCAUGUCAUCACCUGUGGUGCCCACAUCUCUUCCUAGUGUGUCACGAGUAUCAAAAGUCAACAUUCCCCCAUUUGUUUCCAAUCCAGGUGGUAGCAGCCGACACUCCAGCACUGAGACACUGAAAGAAGACCAGGCGGCUGCUGCUAACCGUGCAGCUAAAGUGUUGUUUACCAGUGCUGGAGGAGGAAGUAUCAAUAAAAGACAUGAAAUUCCCAUUGUGCCAUCCUCAUCAAUGCUGAGUAAAACUUACCAUGGGAAUUUUACUAUGUACCGUUCGCCCAGUUUUGGUCAUGGUGAUAAUUUUUCUCGUGCUCCUAUGCGGGUACGCCCUAAGAUCAUACCUACAGUAACUUCCUCAGCUGGGGUUAUUCACAGAGGUGACCAUGUAUCUGUGGGGGUUGGGGGUGGUGAGACCACAGCAUUAACAAGGUCAACCAUUGAAGAAGGGGUAGGUAAUGCAGGCAGAAACCAAAUAUCUACGUCCAACCCUGAUAUUACCUCAGAAACCAAGGCGCUUUUAAGUUUCCUGAAAACUGACCUGUCAAAGCUCAGGGUGAGGAAAACAAGUGCAAGAGACAAAUUUGAGGCUAUAGAGGGGACAUCAACAUGCAGGAUGGAUUCACAAACUCUUCUACCUUCUGGGCAUCGCCCAUCAUUGAAAGACUUGACGGCCACUCUUCGGCGUGCAAAGUCCUUCACCUAUUCAGACAAACCCACAACAGCCACGAGAUGUUAUUUGACAGGUGGAUGCGCAAAGAGGAGCUCCUCUGAACAACAGCUUGACUUGGAUGGAGAGAGGGUAUCUGUGUCAGACAGGGAAGUAGAAAGUGAUGGUGAUUUUAGGCUUGUGAGGCGAUCAAAGGCGAGAGAUUAUGGGUACCAUGAUGAUGACGAUGAAGAUGUGACGCCUACUCCAUUGCAGGACAGAUAUGUGCUGGAAGCCAGGCAGGUCAUUAGAGAUAUAUGUCAGAUGAGUGCAAGGGGAGAAAAAGAAGACGAUGAUGAUGUAUUUGUAAGGACAACUAAGGAUGAGUUGGAGGAUGAAUGGUUCCAGGUCGAGAAGACAAAUGAAGAGAAGGAGAAAGCAGGAGGGAGCAUUAAGGAUGAGGUAUGGAUAGAUGAAAAGACUGAGCUUAAAAACACAAGGGACAGGGAUAAACAUGAGGCAGAGAGGGAGACCAGAGAGAGGGAGAGGAGCGAGUGGGAUGGACAAAGUUUACAGUACAGGGAGAGGGGAAAGAGAGGGAGCAGAGAAAUGGAUAGAGCCUUACUGAAGGUUGACUCAGAGGAAAGCAUGUUCUACGACCGGUCUGUGGAUGAACUUUCAGGCCAUGAAUCGAGUUUAACAGAUGAGGGAAUUGUGACAGAGCCCGAGACAGGGCUGUGUGACCUCUCUGAGAGGUCUUUUCCAGGGUCAGCAGGGAUUAAUUUGGUGUCACUGAUUGCUCGGGAUGUGCUGGGGCAGCCUGAUACAAUCUGGAAGUGUGAGCUGGAGAAAGAAGACAACACAGACAAAAUAGUGAGUUCUACAAAUCAUCUGAGUACAGAUUGCCUAACUUCCUCCUUGGCUCUUAAUGCUCCUAAGACUGAAUGUGACAGCAUUAUCAUGGAAUUGAAGAGUGACGAGGACAUCCACAAUGGCAAUGAGGAAAUAAAUAACACUGUCUACCAAGGUUCAACAGGCACAGCAGGAGGAGUAGCAUUGGAAGCUCCCACAACUCCCACUGCGAUCCGCCGAAGGCGCAAGUUUUCUCCUUCUGGUAAUAACUCUUGUUCUGAUUCCAGCAAUGGCAGUAAUACAGAUUCAACGAUACCAGCUGUUGGAACUGGAGAAUCCACAGUCUACCGCUCACUGAGUGACCCCAUGCCUCAGCGGUGCUGUUCUGUUGCAGAAGAAGGGAAUAAGACAUUCUCCUCUGUUGACAGCAACUUUUUGGGAUCUCUGACUGUCAAAGGUGGAGGAGCAGGGUCACCAGAGUCUUCUACUGGGGCUACUUUGUCAGAAUGCAAAGGUAGUGCGGCAAGUGACUUGUCGGUAUACAGUGAUGCCGGUCUACGUGAGGAUAGCGUGCAUGACUACAGUGGGGUGAUUAGGAGUAUUGUAGCCGAGCCAGGUGCAAUGGACCGACUGAUGACAGACGACCAUAGCAAUGGCAAAGCUCCUAAGAAGAAAUCAUUCAGUGACCCCAGUCGGCGUAGUGAUGCCGCUUUACUUUCCCAGAAUGAUCCUCCCCUCAAAGGUCAGUGUGGUAGUACUGAGCCAAUCACUGAGCUAGAUCAACCUGGUCAGAUCCCACCUUCCGUCAGUGAGCCAAUUCUGAUUGAGCAGAGAGAGGACUUAUGGGAUGCAGAAGGUAAGCCUGAACACCAAUCGCCCUUACAGGUAGCUGUAUGUCACCAAGGAUACAGCAGUAUUAAAGGCAAGAAACCACGCACCCACUCAGAAUCUACCUUUGGUACCGAUGAUCAUGGUGAUGAUGAAGAAGAUGAUGACAGUGUCAAAGAACAGGACAGGGAAGGGAAGGAUGAAGAGGCAGAGAAAUUUAACUUUGACGUCAAACUAGCUGGAGUUCUGUCUCCGAGGAUGAUUCGUCGGAUCUCCAGAAAGCGUCCAAACAGGCUGGCUCAGUUUUCCCCUCAAGAGGAUCCACUUGAGCUUGGUUCAGAUGAGCAGGAAGAUCACAGUGACCAAGCCAACCUAACCACUCCUCUGCCCCCAACCCCACAGCAGUUUAAACUGAAAUCCAGACCCAAACAUGUCCGCCAUGCCAGCGAACCUGCCACCUUUAUUCCCCUCUCCCCACCUCCUCAACUUCAGCCGCUGAGGGAAGGAGACUGCCUUGAGAUUCAACCCACUGCAAAGCCUUCUGUCCUGAGGAAACCGCCUUCUCUGGAGGAUGUGACCCAAAAGUAUAUAUUGGAACAGAGUGCUCCAGAAACUGAGGGCCCAGGGCCUUUGCCAGGAGCCAAAGAUGCAGCUGAAGGUUCAGUUUUGGCAUCAGAAGCGCCCGUGGAGACCUGUGGACUGCAGAAGAAGGGUACUGAGGGCACUCCAGCCACACCUGCCCCACAGAGGAUGAAGGCCAGAGUGGACAUGAGGAAACAUGUGAUGAUGACCCUCCUGGACACAGAGCAGUCUUACGUGGAGUCACUGCGCACGCUUAUCCAGGGCUACAUGCGUCCUCUCAAACAGCCAGAAGGCAGCACCAUAGUUGACCCGCAGCUGGUGGACGAGAUGUUCUACCAGAUCCCAGAAAUCUUGGAGCAUCACGAGCACUUCCUGGAGCAAGUUGCCUGCUGCCUCAGUCAAUGGCACGACAGGCAAACCGUUGGACACCUCCUCAUCCAAUCAUUUUCCAGGGAGACGCUGGCUAAUGUGUAUUCAGCAUAUAUUGACAACUUUCUCAAUGCCAGGGAUGCUGUGAGAAUCGCCAAGGAGGCCAAACCAGCAUUUCAGAAGUUUCUGGAGCAAAACAUGCGUGAGAACAAGGAGAAACAGGCUCUGGGUGAUCUGAUGAUUAAACCGGUGCAGAGGAUUCCUCGUUAUGAGCUGCUUGUUAAGGAUCUGCUCAAGCACACACCAGAUGACCACCCAGACCACUCAUUGCUGUUGGAUGCUCAGAGGGACAUCAAGCGAUUGGCUGAGAAGAUCAACAAGGGGCGUCGCUCAGCAGAGGAGGCGGAGAGGGAGGCCAGGGUGAUUCAGGAGAUUGAGGCGCACAUAGAGGGAGUUGAACAUAUCCUGAACCCCCAGAGGAAGUUCCUGAGACAGGAAAUGGUCAUGGAGGCGAAGACAGUGGGUGGGAAGAAGGAUCGUUCUCUCUUCCUCUUCAGUGAUCUGAUCAUCUGCACAACUCUGAAGAGGAAGUCUGGCUCAUUAAGACGCAGCUCUAUGAGUCUGUACUCUGCUGUGAGUGUGAUUGACACUUCCAGCAAAUACAAGUUCCUGUGGAAGCUUCCACUGGAGGAGGUGGAGGUGGUGAAAAGCUCCACCCAGGCAGCCAACAAGGAGAGCAUCCAGAAGACAAUCGGUCGAUUAGAAGAAGAUCUCGGCAUUCUGGGACAGAUCAGCAAACUGUCUGAGACUCUGAGCUUCCCUCACCAGUCCUUAGAUGAGGUGAUAAAGGAUCUGAUGACCUCAGUGCACAGAGAACUCUCCGAGAAGCAGUCUUUGGCCUUCAGCAUGACCUUCUUGCCCACCAAGCUGGAAUUCACCACAGCGUCGGCCGAGAGCAGCUUUGUCUUUGAGUUCAGCUCACCGGAUGCUCGCUCUAACUUUGAACAGCUUUUUGAGGAAGCCAAAAAGAAGCUCGCUAUGAAUAAGGAUCAGUGGGAUCCAGAGUUUCUGAAAGCAAUUCCUAUUAUGAAGACGCGUAGCGGCAUGCAGUUUUCUUGUGCCUUCUCCCAGGCCACAGUGGUCCAGACAGCGGCCUGUGAAGUUUGGGUGUGUAGUGAUGGAUAUGUGGGACAGGUUUGUCUGUUGAAUAUCAAAGAUGAGCCGACAGUGGAAGCCUGCAGCGUCUGCUCGGCGAGGAUCAUCUGUAUCGCUGCCGUGCCGGGCCUUUAAAAGGGAGGUCAGGAGCGUGGAGGAGAGCUCGCCCUUACGUUGUCUCCUGGAGUGCUUGACCACUCCCAGAAACAGCUCCAUAUUUCUAUCUCGCGUUCUUCUCUUGAGAUGAUGGAACAACCUCCAGGUGCGGGACCAGAAUUUGUUCCUUUUGACAGCGAUGACACCGACGAUGACGAUUCACCAAGUCCUUCUUCCACUCUGCAGAGUCAGGCUAGUCACUCCACCAUAUCAUCCAGCUACGGCAAUGACGAGGGUCCAGGCUGCAAAGAUAUGGCUACAGAGACCACCAGCAGCGAGGAGGAGCAGGAGUUCUCUGUGCAGAGCUCCUACGGACCUCCAGGAGUAACUGGCGUUGGCGGAGGGGGUCGCACCCACACAGAGAGCCUGAUGGAUGGGCGUGCCAUGCGCCGCUCCUCAAGGGGCUCGUUCACCAGGGCAAGUCUGGAGGACCUGCUGAGCAUCGACCCUGAGGCCUACCAGAGCUCGGUGUGGCUCGGCACAGAGGACGGAUGCAUCCACGUGUACCAGUCCUCAGAUAACAUCCGCAACCGUAAAAACAGCAUGAAGAUACAACACUCAGCUUCCAUCCUCUGCAUUCUGUUCUUGGACAAUAAAGUGUUUGUAUCUUUAGCCAAUGGAGAGGUGGUCGUCUAUCAGAGAGAUGCAGGUAGUUUUUGGGACCCUCAGUCUUCUCAGACGUUGGUUCUGGGGACACCCAGCAGCCCUGUGACUAAAAUGGUUGUAGCAGGAGGGAAGUUAUGGUGCGGCUCGCAGAACCGAGUUCUUAUCAUCAACACAAGUACGCUGGUACAAGAGCACUGGUUCCAUGUGGGCACAGACAGCAGUCGGUGUGUGACGUGCAUGGUGUCGUACGGUCAGGGCGUGUGGUUAGCAUUACAGGGCAGUGCUCAGGUCAGACUGUAUCACGCUCAGACGUUGGACAGCCUGACAGAGGUGGACGUGGCGCCCGCUGUGCACAAAAUGCUCGCUGGUGCAGAUGCGAUCAUCAGGCAGCACAAAGCAGCCUGUUUGAGGAUCACAGCACUACUGGCCUGUAAGGAUCUGCUGUGGAUUGGGACCAGUGCCGGGGUGGUCCUUACGCUGGCGAUUCCAGCGGUGAGUUCAGGAAGUGGCCCCGGUACACUGAAAUCACCACUGGUACCGAUGGGCUCAGCUCAUGGGCACACAGGCCACGUUCGGUUUCUAACGUCCAUCGAGCUACCUGAAGGCUUUGACAUGAACUUCCCCUCUCCAGCACCUGACUCCGCAGUCAACCAAUCGCAGUGUGGCAGCACAGUUGAAGGGAGCCUCCAAAGGCGGGAUUCAUCACGCCGUCGAGCCUCUGCUCACCUUCCAAAAACGAAUCAUCUAGUCAUUUCUGGUGGCGAUGGCUAUGAGGAUUUCAGACUGACAAAUAGCAGCGAAACAGUUGGACGGGACGACAGCACCAACCACCUUCUGCUCUGGAGGGUUUGAGACACUUGACUCGGUUCGAAGAACUGGGCUGACCUCUCCUCAGCUGAAAAUGGCACACAAUCCCCAUCAAAUUGCUUACAUUCCUGGUGUUGUUUUGGUCUUCUGCUUGGUCCAGCGGUCUCUGUGCAUAUGGGUGUGAGCUCCCUCGAGGAUUUAAUAAUGGUCACUUUAAACUGAGCUUCUUGUGGUGAUGUUUCUGGUGACGCGUGUUGUUGCUCGCUGACUGGUGUUUGUGCGUGUGUACUUCCCUGGAUGUGUUCCGUAUAUUUGGUUAGCUUUAUCCAGUCUAGAAACCUGCCUUUAAAGAAACAGAAACGGCCAGACUGUGACUUUGUCAAAUGUUCACUGAAAACAAGAAGACGGACAGAAGUGAGACUUCUGCAGAAUGUCGCUGCACUGAUGAAGAAUUCAAGAAAAUGCAAGGGCGAAGAAUCCCAUAAUUUUGGACAUGUUUCAUUUAAAUUUUUUUUUUUUUAAAGAUUCAUCGAUCAUCACUUCAUCUGAGCGAGAACACAUAAUCAUGAAAUUUACUGUCUCUUCCAACGAUGCCUCCGGGAAAACUGAACAAUUUAUCGUAUUUGGAGAUCAGCAUCAGAAGAGAGGCUGAGCUGAUAUUUACAGAUUUUAAGAGAGGAGCAGAAAAUGUGAAAAGGCAUUUGGGCUGGACAGCAACCCUUAAAGACAGAUCUGAGGUCAGCUCUUUUUUUUUUUUUUGUCUAUUCACCUGAGACGGCUUCGAUUUUUACUUUCCCAUGCUCUCUUAGGUGAAGAGUGAAGUAGAGUGUCGUUGAAGUGCAAUACAGAGCGACGGUGUCCCACAAGAUGAUGUCGAUGCACAUAUUCACAGCCGUUACUCACUGAAUCACAUGACAUUAUGCGAGGAUUGUGUUUAAUUUUUGCUGUCGGCUAAGAAGACGUAGUGUUCUGGUGACAGGAGUUUCCAAAACUGUUCCUCGUGAACAUAAAUAUGCCAAAACUUUAUGGUUCUGACAAGAGAAGGUUGGAGGUGAUUUUUGUUUCCAAGAAGUUUGAGUUUGUUGAACUUUGUGUCUGGGUUCGUUUUUAGCAGCGGACUCAAGAUGACGCUGGCCUGUGACAGUGGGUAAACAUACUUAUGUACAGUAUUUAUGGUUUUGAUUUUAGUUCCUUCUUUUACAGCACUUAAUUUAUAGAAGAUGUAGCGUUCACUAUUUCUUGUGAGUCAUAGAACAAGAAGGCCCCCCUCCCCCCGGCUGCAUUGGCAAGGGUUUUCUCACAGUUCAGUGCGGACGAUCCGGCCUUUGCGCGUCGAUAUGUUUGUGAUGUUCUGUCCAAAUGGCUUCAUGAAUGUACAGACGGGAUCAGAAAGGUAAAGGACUGGAAGAAAAAGGUUUUGUCAGAUUUGAAGUUUCUCAUCAAAGACAACGUCCUCGCUCACCUG